CAUAAGUGCACUCAUUACCUCUCAGGAUGCAUCAUUGCAAAUGUAUUCCUUGUUUUUCUUUUAGCAAUUUCUUUGUUUGGCGUAGUAACUUUCAUGAAGAGCGUGGUUUGAUUGAGCCGUCUGAGGCUUGCUUAGCUUGUGGUGUUAGGAUUAUUUUGAACUUCAGCCUGCUACUGCUGACCACACAGCAGGCUCCAGUACCUCACAGAUACCAGGGCUGUCAUCAGAGGGGUUGGGUUUGCGUGUCCAGGGCAGGAAGGGGGAGGAGGUGUAGGCAGGCGCGCGCAUCUAACCGGCCUCUUGAGGCCAGCGAGAUAAAGUCCACCUGCCACACCCUCCGCCGCACCAAACCCUUUGGUUCGGAUGGUAUCCUCGGAAAGAUAAGGCCUCGCUGGAGAGGCCACCCCCACAGCCAAGGAGAGCUGGAUGUGGCUCUGGCUGCUGUCUGGCAGCGUUGCUGGGUGGAGCCUCCCAUACCACGGAGCCUAGGAGAGGAGCGGCGGCGAGAACGCAAUAACCUCUCCACUCGUUUGCCACAAGCCACGGCGCUCUCACACACACACACACACACACACACACACACACACACACACACACAGGAACGCGCUCACCUCUAUCUAAUGAUUUGUCCAUUUUUGCGCUACCUCUCCAUCCUUCUUUUUCUCUGCAAACAAGGCAAGAGAGCAUCGUGUUGUUUCAUUAUAGUAUUCUGUCAGUAUUUGGUUUGUAAUGUUAACCGCCUAUAUUAUCCUGCUGCUGUUUUUAUUCCUGGUUUGGCCCUGCUCAGCUUCUUGUGUGGUUUCUGGUUUCAUACCUUGUCAUUUUUAGAUAAUCAUGGUCUUCUCGGUGUAGAAUAUGAGAAGCUACAGGAAUAUAGAUUUAUCUUGUUUUAUUGGUCUUUCACUGUCUGUGGAGGGAGCCUUUCAACAGCCUGUCUUAAUUGAAGCACUUGGUGUUGGUAAAGGAUGUUGUUUUUGUUCUUCCAGGAGGUUUCCGGUAAUACUUGGACACCACACUGGACCACUCGUGGUGUCAAAAUUGUGUUUAGAAUCGUAAAGCAUUACGUCCACUUUGGAUCCUCUCAUUUUGACCUUGUUUCUCUUCCUGUAUUGUUAUUUAGAAAGCCACAUGUUUUUUUGUUUUUUUUUGGUAAGUAGUCAACAACUCCUCACUGCAGUUUGAAACCAGUCACAAGGGGCUAUGCUGUGGCAUGUUUGCAGUAUGUUUCAACCUGAUAUGAUUCAUGGUUUGUUGCAAAUUUUCUUCCAGACUAUGAUGUUAUAUUAAAGCACCUUUUUAAGAAAAACAAA